AUGGAUCCUCCCUCGGAAGAUACUUGCUGCUACUGCUUGGGCAGUACAGAUGGAAAGCCGUAUCACCACAUCAUGUGGAAGUCAUACAAAAUGUCUGUCCGAUGCAAAACCGAUUUGAAGAAUUGCCUCUCCUGUGAAAGGAAAAUAAAGGAAAAGAACCCCUCACGAAGUUACACCACCCCUUGUUGUGGAUCCACAUACGAUAAUUUAUGUGACAUAUGUUGCCAGCUUCCCAUCAUCUGA